AUGAAUUCACUAAUAACUUCAAACAUAUCUGGCACUGACCUUGAUAUUUGGGAUGACCAGCUGCAAUUGCUGGAUGAGGUUGACUGUUCACCACAGAUGCCAAAUGCUACAAGGCAGUUUUCGAAUACUUUGAGGUACAACAAAGGCAGUACUCGAAAAGCUGACUUUGGACAAUUCUGAUCAAACUCCAUACAGGCUGAAGGAACUAUCAAUUUGACCAAGCAAAUGGAGCCUGUUAAAGGUAAACUCAAAGUUUGAAAAGAUGCCGCUUUAAAAUAUCACAAAAAAGCGAAGUCUCAGAAUUAUGUGAGAAGCUCAGUUUUAGACCGGACUCCUACAGUUCCGCAAAAGAUAAAGCCAGCACAAUUGCGGAGAAUAUCGUCAAGCAAUAUUUUGAAGAGCUUGCAGAGACAACCAGAAGGAUCUAUAUAAACACUAAUAACUUUUAAAUAAUCAACUU